CUCACGCUGGGCGGGGUUCGCUUUCUCGCACCUACCUGAUAUCUCCUGGCUGUCCACGACUUUUUGGACUGCGUCCAGUGUCCACUUCCUACCUCAUUCUCAUUCAAUGGCGACGGCUCAAUGGCAGUGCGGCUUCUCUUCUGUAAGGCACAUCUGAAUCGGCCCAGGCGAACCAAAUCAUGGCCCAAGAAUCCCCUCCUAUCGUCCUAUUCACCUAUCCCGAGUCGGUCGUCGGACGUCGGACGGAGUGGUAUCUGACUCUGCGCGGAAUUUCCUAUAAUUUAUGCGAGGUCGAUAACAAGAUGCCACGUUCUGUCCUGGAUCGACUGGAUGUGCAUUACCGGCGCAUUCCCGUGUUGGCCGUCGGUCGAGACAUUUAUUGCGACUCGCGGUGUAUCAUUGAUCACUUGGAGAAACUGUACACUUCGCGCCCGAAACUCGGUAGUGAACACCCGUACGAGAGGGGUAUCGAGAAGAUCUUGGAGACCUGGGCUUUCGAUGGUGGGCUCUUCGCGCGCACGGCGCAAAUGAUCACCCCGGAUGCCGGUCUGGUUCAGCAUCGAAGCUGGCUAGACGACCGAGCUGAAUUGACCGGAGUGCGAUUCUCGGCCGAAGGACUGAAAGGAGGCGUGAAAGAUGCAUUGUCUCACGCACGCUUGCACCUGCGCAUGGUAGAGGAGGAGUUGCUCGCUGAUGGACGUCAAUGGUUGAGCGGCGGGCAGCAGCCGGGACUCAGCGAUGUGCAUGUGCUGUGGAUAUUUGACUGGAUGAUGCGGCCCAAAGAGGCCAUGGGAAUGGCGCAUGCCUACCCGUGGCUGCUCAACGAGCAGAACUAUCCGAGGACAAUGGCGUGGGUGAAGCGAAUGGCAGAUGUAUUCAACACCGCACAGGCGAAACAUCCCCCAAGACGCAUAUCCGAUAUUGAGGCCGUGAAACUCAUCGAAUCAUCAGCCUUUUGGCAAGCAGACGAAUUACCGGUAGAGUCGUUGGAUCCAACCGGGCUGGUCAGAGGCGAGGAGGUCGAUUUGAUCGCGCUGGAUUCGGCCUCCGCAGCGGGCAUCAAUCGGCGGGACGUGGGACGGCUCGAAGGGCUGACUGUGACGAGUGCAACGAUCGGAACGGAAACGAAAAAUGGCGUUCAUGUCCGGAUUCACUAUCAACGAACGAAUGUCCGCGUUGUACAGGCUGGAGGGAAGCCAAGGCUAACAGCGAGCGAGAUUCCCAAGCUAUAAGCAGAGCAUCUCGAGAUAUCCGUCAACACGCGUGAUAGCGGCGCCGCUUCAAGACU